UAUAUACAUACUUAUCUAUAUAACGGUGUAGUUCGUACUUAAUAUAAACCUUGGAUUUAGUAUAGCCUGAUCGUUAACAGCUGAUCGUCGUGUUUACAUAGCGGCAAACUGAACAAACUUAAAACUAGUUUGGAAUUGGAUAUGAGCUAAGCGAAUUGUUUUUGUUAUUACCUUUUAAUACUUGUUGUGGUUGUGAGGUAUAAACAAUGGGCAGUGUUACAAGUAAGCUUUUGAGUUGGUGUCCUCGAUGCGGCUUGACCAGUUCGGAUUCUUACGACUUGAAGGAAUUGCCACGACCGCCCCAAAAUGGCAAUGACGUCAUCGAUGGAACGAGACAGGGUGUACUGGCGGUACAAGGAAUCGACUUCUGCAAUGACACGAAUGGAGAAAGUCAUUAUACGAGUAAAUUCAAUCUCAUGACAAGAAGUGUCGACAAGUGUUUGGUGGUGAGAAGAGGGCAGCCGUUUAAACUCGACCUGCUUCUCAAUAGACCGUACGAUGCCACUAGAGACGCCGUCUCCUUUAUAUUCUACGUCGCAGAUGUGGAAAAGCGUGGGCCGUCCGACGACGCGUCAGCAGCCGUGCCGCUAUUAGAAAAGGGAUCGGAAUCGCCUCGAGGAUGGAAUGCUGUGUACGAGGGUCAGAUGGACUCCCACCUGAUGGUGGCGGUCACGCCCGCCUCCAACUGCAUCGUGGGCACCUGGCGCCUCGACAUAGACACAAAGUUGAAGUCCAGUUCGAGCUCUCUAAGCUACACACAUCCGCAACAAAUAUACAUUUUAUUCAAUCCCUGGUGUCCGAACGACAGUGUUUAUUUGCGAGACCAAAGAGAACGCGAGGAAUAUGUGUUAGAAGAUGGAGGUUUGAUGUUCAGAGGAGUCUACAACCGAAUCAAGCCGAUGGCUUGGAAUUACGCACAGUACGAGAAAGAUAUUCUUGAAUGUGCGCUUUAUCUAGUCAGAGACGUUGGGAAGGCGAAAAUUCGCUCAAGGUCUAACCCGAUCGAGACAGCGCGAAUUCUGUCUGCGGUAUGUAAUGCUCAGGAUGACUAUGGAGUUUUAUUGGGUAACUGGGCCAAAGACUUGAGCGACUAUAGCGGAGGUACCCACCCACUGAAAUGGGUUGGUUCUUUGGCGAUACUGCAGAAGUAUUACGAGAAGAAGAAGCCUGUUAAAUAUGCCCAAUGUUGGGUUUACGCCGGUGUUCUUACUACAGUUUGCAGAGCACUGGGCAUUCCCUGCAGGCCAGUGACAGGGUAUGACGCAGCUCACGACAGUCAGGGCAGCCUGACUAUCGACGUCAUCAUGAACGAUGACGGGACUAUCGACGAAGACUACACUCGGGACUCUGUAUGGAAUUACCAUGUUUGGAACGAGGUAUGGAUGGAGCGUCCAGACAUUGGGCCGGAGUAUGACGGGUGGCAGGCCAUAGACUCGACUCCUCAGGAGACGUCAGACAAUAUCUACCGCUGCGGCCCAGCCUCCCUGAGGGCGGUGCGGGAAGGUGAACUGCAGCGGCCAUACGACGCCGGUUAUGUCUACGCUCAGGUCAACGCUGAUAAGGUCCUAUGGAAGUUCACUGGAGUAAUUCAACCACUAAAACUGUUAGGACGUGAUACCACUUCAAUUGGAAGAAUGAUUUCUACAAAAACUAUCGGGAGAAUGGAACGAGAGGAUAUUACAGACUUAUAUAAAUAUCCAGAAAGUACGAAGGAAGAACGCAUGACGAUGGAAAAAGCUUUGCAUAGAUCGGAGCACAUAUUUGCGCGGUACUAUCUAAAUGAAGUAUUCAAUGAUGUCGUGUUUGACUUCGAACUGAAGGAUAAUAUCAAGAUUGGACAAGAUUUCAAUGUUAUUCUCCACGUAAAGAACAGAUCUCCAAUGUCCCCCCACAAGGUCCGGGGAGUCCUCCGAGUAGACACUGUCACGUACACCGGAAAGACAGGGGACAGCGUCAAGAGAGAGGAGUUUGAGCUGGACAUGGGACCUGAGUUGAAGGAGACAGUGGUCAUGCCUGUCACCUUUGAUGAGUACUACAAGAGACUUGUCGAUCAGGCAUCCUUCAACAUAGCUUGUCUGGCCACAGUGGUGGACACGAAGUUCGACUACUUCGCCCAAGACGACUUCCGAGUGAGGAACCCUGACAUCAAGAUUACUAUCGACGGGACCCCACGAUCUCGUGAGGAAUGCAAUGUCACUGUAAAGGUGGAGAAUCCUCUGCCAAUACCACUGAAGAACGGCAAGUUCUACAUCCAGGGGGCUGGACUCGAGAAACAGUUGAAGAUCGAGUUGAGUGAGAACGUGCCUCCAGGCGAGCUAGCGACAGCUUCAUUCAAGCUAACACCCCCGUGGGCUGGUCGUCACCAGAUCACCGCCAAGUUCUCGUCCAAAGAGCUGCGUGACGUCGACGGCUUCCUCUCCUUCAUGGUCGCUACCCCACCAGACUUCAACGGGAUCCCACCCAUAGAUUCCAAUGAGAGUUAUCAGAUCUAAAACUAAAAUGUUGAAAAGACAUAGGGUUGUACUAAUAAAUUAACCUCAGCUUCGAGACUGCUCUCAAGAUCGUGUCAAUGUGACAGUUCUCAUAUAAAAACAGGGACUUGAGCAUGGUCUUGAGGGCAGUCUCAGUUGAGAUUAGUUUAUUAAUACGAGUAUCACCCCUAGAAAUAGAGACAGACGGAUAAAGUAUAAUAAUACCUACUAAGAAAAGUACAAUGGGUAUGUAAAACGAAGUCAAGCGCCUGAUGAUUUUGCGUUUCGAACGUUAUUUUUUUCAAAAAUGUUCUUGUAUGUACCGGUCGUGUGGAUAUGGGAAAAAUUAAAAUCUAUUAAAUGCUGCCAAAUUGAAAUUGGGAUUUGCGUAUAGGUUGUAACCUAUUAGUAGCCGUGGUUGCCCAGUUGGUACAACGCUUGCCUCUCAAUUUGAGUUCGCAGGUUCGAAUCCCAGCAUAGGCCUAAACCAAUGAUUUUCGAAUUUGUUUUCGAAUUCAUGUUUGGAUGAUUUGUUUUGGAAUUCAUAAAUGAUUAUCACGUGCUCAGAGGUGAAGGAAAACAUUGUGAGGAAACCCACAUACCCGAGAAAUGUAUUUGGGAGGUAUGUGACCUAACCUAUAUUGGGUUGGUUUUCCCUUCGCGGAUUGGAAGGUCAGACAGGCAGUCGCUUCUGUAAAAACCGGACCUGUCAAAUCUUCGGGUUAGGUUAGCGAAUGCGUGAAAAACGUGAUAACGCUAGGGAGAUGAUGUAAUUGUAAUGGUGGCCCUUGUAGCCAUAAUGUUGUAAUGUAAAAUAAGGACAAUAUUUACUGUUUAAGAGUAGAAUAAGCUAUUUAUAAAUAUAAUAAUGUUAACUUUAUUUAUACGGCUACUUAAACUCAGUUAAUGUUGUAACAAGAAAUGUUUUUGUCCUCAUAUUUUUGCAAGUCAAUUUUAUAGCGUAAUAUAUACCUAUCUAAGUGUGUCGUAAAGCUUUAAUUGUUAAUGUAAAUACAACAUAAUUACUUU